AAUACCAUGCUCUCACUGAGGAAAAUAACAGCCCCCUCAUGCUGUCAUAAGAGCUGCAAGUGAAGACAACGCUCUAUUUUAACAUUUUAUUGUGGCAUUGCUGUGAUCAAACAGUGAAAAUAGCUGUCUUCCCCAUGACAACAUGUCAGCAAAAGACCUCAGCCCCCGCCAUGGUGCAAAAUCCCGCACUGUACAGCGGGCUUCAACUAUUGAUGUUGCGUCUGACAUGUUAGAUUUGUCUUUGGCAGGAAACCUCCAAGAUCCAGAUGAACCAAUCUUAGAAUUCAGCUUAGCUUGCAGUGAGCUGCUUACUCCAUCGCUAGACAGAAAGCCAAAUAGUUUUGUAGCAGUGAGUGUAACUACACCUCCUCAGGCAUUCUGGACAAAGCAUGCUCAGACAGAAAUUAUUGAGGGGACAAGCAAUCCUAUCUUUCUAAGCAGUAUUGCCUUUUUUCAAGACUCUCUUAUUAAUCAGAUGACACAAAUAAAACUUUCUGUUUAUGAUGUUAAAGAUAGAUCUCAGGGAACUAUGUAUCUAUUGGGUUCUGUGAUGUUCACUGUAAAGCAGCUACUUCAGGAAAAGAACCAUAGGUUGCAUUUAACACUAAGAUCUGCUGAAAGUGAUCGUGUUGGUAACAUUACAGUCAUAGGAUGGCAAAUGGAAGAAAAAACGGACCAAAGACCUCCAGUUACCAGGUCUCCUGACACAAUCAAUGGAAGGACUGUGCUGCCAGUUGAUGAAAGUUUAACAGAAUCUUUAGGAAUCCGAUCCAAAUAUGCUUCAUUGCGGAAAGAUGCAUUGUUAAAAUCUGUGUUUGGCGGGGCCAUUUGUCGGAUGUAUCGCUUCCCCACUACUGAUGGGAACCAUCUGCGGAUCUUGGAGCAAAUGGCAGAGAGCGUGCUCUCCCUACACAUUCCCAGACAGUUUGUGAAACUGCUGCUUGAGGAAGAUGCUGCCAGGGUUUGUGAACUUGAAGAGCUGGGAGAGCUGUCCCCUUGCUGGGAAAGUCUUCGCCGGCAAAUAGUUACUCAGUACCAAACAAUUAUUCUAACUUACCAGGAAAACCUCACAAAUCUUCAUCAGUACAAAGGUCCAUCAUUCAAAGCAAGUAGCCUGAAAGCUGAUAAAAAGCUGGAAUUUGUGCCCACGAAUUUACACAUACAGCGAAUGAGAGUCCAGGAUGAUACAGGAUCAGAUCAAAACUAUGAUAUUGUAACUAUAGGAGCACCAGCAGCUCACUGUCAAGGCUUUAAAUCUGGAGGCCUGCGAAAAAAGCUGCACAAAUUUGAAGAUGCAAAGAAACACAGUUAUGAGGAAUGUUGCACUUCAACCAAUCCCCAAUCAAUAGUGUACAUACCACAGGAUAUUAUCCGAGCAAAGGAGAUUAUUGCACAGAUAAAUACCCUGAAAACUCAAGUUAGUUACUAUGCAGAAAGACUCUCCAGAGCUGCCAAGGACAGAUCAGCGAAUGGACUUGAAAGAACACUUGCCAUUUUGGCAGAUAAGACACGGCAGCUUGUCACUGUCUGUGACUGUAAGCUGCUGGCAAAUUCAAUACAUGCACUGAAUGCUGCAAGACCAGAUUAUAUAGCUUCAAAGGCCUCUCCAACCUCUGUAGAAGAAGAGCAAGUGGUGCUAAGGAAUGACCAAGACACUCUGGUGGCCAGAUGGACAGGAAGAAAUAGCCGAUCUUCUCUUCAAGUGGACUGGCAUGAAGAAGAAUGGGAAAAAGUUUGGGUGAAUGUUGACAAAAGUCUUGAAUGCAUUAUCCAGAGGGUGGACAAACUUCUCCAGAAAGAGCGUUUACAAAGUGAUAGCUGUGAAGAUGUUUUUCAAUGUGACAUCAGCUGUUCUAGCAAGAAAGGUAAACGGGAUACCCGUGCGUACUGGAUAAAGCCAAACGCCUUAAGUGAGACCUCAUCAUCUUCAUCAUCCCCAUCAUCAUCUUCAUCCAUGUCAUCCUCUGCAUGCCAUUGUCCCAGAGUCACAAAUUGCAGUCCCACUCCUGAAGAGUCCGGCCCAGGCGAAUGGAGUGAGGCCCUUUAUCCACUGCUAACAACGCUCACAGACUGUGUAGCCAUGAUGAGCGACAAGGCAAAGAAGGCAAUGGUCUUUCUCUUGAUGCAAGAUAGUGCUCCUACAAUAGCUCUUUGCUUGAGUCUUCAGUACCGGCGGGAUGUUGUCUUCUGCCAAACAUUCACAGCCCUUAUCUGUGGCUUCAUUAUCAAGCUGAGGAACUGCUUGCAUGAUAAUGGAUUUCUGAGGCAGCUCUACACCAUUGGCCUGCUGGCACAGUUUGAAAGCCUUCUGAGCACUUACGGUGAAGAGCUGGCAAUGCUAGAGGAUAUGAGUGUGGGGAUAAUGGACUUGAGGAAUGUAACGUUUAAAGUAACUCAGGCCACAUCGAAUGCAUCUGCUGACAUGCUACCAGUCAUUACAGGAAAUCGUGAUGGGUUUAAUGUGAGAAUUCCUCUGCCAAGCACCUUGUUUGAUGCACUGCCCCGUGAGAUCCAGAGUGGCAUGCUACUGAGAGUUCAGCCCGUUCUCUUCAAUGUGGGGAUCAAUGAGCAACAAACCUUAGCAGAAAAGUUUGGAGACACCUCCUUACAAGAAGUGAUUAAUAUGGAAAGCUUAGUACGGUUGAAUUCCUACUUUGAGCAGUUCAAAGAAGUUUUGCCUGAAGACUUGAGACCUUGUGCCGAGGGCAAGUUAAGAGGAGGAGAACCACAAGAGACAACUGAGGUUGAAUUGUUGUUAGAAGGACCAAGUAAAGGUCUACCUCGAUCUCGUAGUCAAACGUGCCUGCCUGAACUGUUACGGUUUCUUGGACAGAAUGUACAUGCAAGGAAAAAUAAGAAUGUUGACAUUCUUUGGCAAGCUGCUGAGAUUUGCCGCAGACUCAAUGGUGUUCGGUUUACAAGCUGCAAAAGUGCCAAGGACAGGACUGCCAUGUCAGUGACUCUUGAGCAAUGUCUAAUAUUGCAGCAUGAACAUGGAAUGGCCCCACAGGUCUUCACACAAGCCCUGGAGUGCAUGAGAAGUGAGGGUUGUCGAAGAGAAAAUACAAUGAAGAAUGUUGGAUGUCGCAAGUAUGCAUUUAAUUCCCUCCAGCUGAAGGCUUUCCCCAAGUAUUACAGGCCUCCUGAAGGAACUUAUGGAAAAGUUGAAUCAUAAGAUUACUCUGUCCUGUGAUUAGUUGUUCCAUUAAAGAGAAAUGUGGAUACACUCAAUUUUAGUAUAUGAACUUUGACAACAAUGUCAGAAACAAUUUUUGUACGUUUCACUAGGUAAUACCAAGCAUGUAAUUUUAUUAAAUUGGAUUCCAUAGGAAAAAGAUUAUUUACUGACUACUUAUAACAUGAAAAUAAUUUGAUCACUGUCUGCUCGUUUAACUAGCCACCAGUGUAUGUAACAUGCCUGAAUUUACUGUUCCACUGAUUUCUUACUGAUAUGCCUAAAUAAUGAAAGAUAAUUCCUGGACCUUUGAGGAUUUUAUGAAUGAUGUUUAGGUAGCUGUUUCACACAUCUUUUUAUACUGAUUUGAUUUGAAAUUAAGACUUUCAUACUUUUUAAAAAAACCUCAGAAUUUGUAAAUAGUAUAUAAGUUGGACACAAGACAGUUUGAUAUGUGCAAGAGGCAUUGUUGUGUAGGAGAAGCUAAUACUCAGUUUUUAAGACAGAGCAGCACAGUAAUAUAAAAGCCAGGAGCUUAAACUGUUUUGCUUUAUGUAGGACACUAUCAUAAAGGUGGUUUGUACUGACACAAAACCCAGUUCUGUAUGGUUCAAAAACUGGAUUGGGCCCAUGAUUCUUUCAGUUGACUUCAGAAAUUUUAUAUUUCCCCACUUGAAAGACAAGUUCAAGUAAGAGAAAAUUGCACAUGACAAACUAGUUCAUGCCACUAGGAAUGCUGUGGGCAGAGGACUCAGAAGGCAAUUAAGGUAUGCAUUCUUAUUUGCAUUGCAGAUCAGAUACAAAAGUGCAUUCUCAGCUGCACUUUGAAGUACCAAGAAAGAUUGCAUAGGCUGUGUCACCUGCAUAUCUGUAUCAUCAUACAGAUUUGUGAAUUUGCACCACUUUCUGUGUGUAUCAGUUAAGCUAACUGAAAUAUUCAGAAGGCAGAUCACUUCUUUUUUUCAUGCAGAAGAUGAUCUUAUACAACUUAACUUGUGCAGAUCAUCUGUUCCAUGCAUGCAAGCCUUUGGCCAAGCACACUUGCUGGAUGUACAGCUUGGUCAUAUGAGGAAUUUAGAUGUGCUUUAGCUAGUUGGAGUUACUGGUUCCUUAUUUUCCUGUCUCCCCCUCUCCCCACCUUUCCAAUAUUUUCACUGAAAACUGAAAUUAUUACAUAUACAGGCUUCCUACUUUCAGAACGUUAUGGUCUACAC